UUCAUGGUCUCGUCUGGUGCGACGUGUUGCAAAUUGAUUGAGGGGUUCUUAAUCCACCGUGUUAAGGUUUCGUGGUGGCCUUCAACACGAACGGGGGUUCGCAGCUCGCUAGCUGGCGGAGAUUGAUGUCGCGAGCUCUGAUAUAUGUCAAUAUUGGAGUGGAAACGGCGGGCUUGCUUCGAUAGACGGUGAAGCUGCCAACGUGCAGGAUGCCACGCUAUCAACGUCCUAAUGUCGAUGUUCGCCCGAGUCGGCGAGCCAGCCACCACCGAUGCCUCCGAACCAGGUGGUCGUGGACUACGCAGAGAGACCUCGGGGAGAAGGCAACGCGUCUGACCUGACAUUGAGAUGCAGUCAUCCGCGGCGUUCACGCGCCCAGCGUCAAACAGUCUUUGGUGCAUCAGUCUCGCAAGAUCGUCGCCAGACUCGGUCGAAGGAUUUUGCACCUGCUCCUCGCCUUGCAUACUGCACGAGAUUCGGGCGUCUCUGCCCCACAUGUCCACCAAUCCCGAACCAGCAAUAUCGCCGUCCAGCGUCUAACCUCGAGGCAGUUUGCACUCCACUCCACUCAUCCGCCAUUACGAUCAUGCAGCCCAGAGGCGGCAUCGACCCCCGAAACAGCGCGGGUGUCACCGGCGCUGCCGGCAGAGACCGGGCGCCAGGCCACGCAAAUGGCGCUACGGAAUUGUCUCCGAAGGCCCAAGACGAAAGGCGGAACAAGCGUCUGGGGAAAACAGCUCUCAAAAUGUAUGUGAAAUUUAGGCGGCCAGAUACGGCCCACUGCUGUGCAUUCCAAAAUCCUCUCGCUAUCGUACAAGCCCCAAUGAUUCCGAUCCCGCUGGCUGCCCCAGAACAUGUCCUACUCGUACACAGGAGCCCGAAAGUGGCAGGAAAGGCCGUGUUCCAUGCCCGCCGCCAUCUCAUGCAGCUCGCAGCGGAGAAACCGAGAAAGAAAUUGCAAGGGCCGCUGGCGAAUCAAUGCCGCGCCUCGCGAAACUUGAUAAGUCCAGGUGUAUCGCGCCACUACAAUGACGACUUCGAAAAUGAUGCGAACGUAUGCGUCCGUCCAGAAAUGCUCCGAUGAUUUUUGUUCCCAAGCCCAUCCCACGCGCGCGUCCAAUCCUGGCUCCAAUCGCGAUCCCAGAAAACUUAACCCAAUGUAACCCCUUGACCCCAAAAUAGAAUAGAACGAAAUAUAGAUA